AUGAAAAAGGACAUGAAGUCAUCAGCUUUACUUUACGGAUUUCUCUUUGGAAUGAUAUCUCAAAUCUCGGCAGCAAUACUAAGGGUAGCCGAACCAAGUGCACUUUCAAAAGGUGCUCUUCAUAGUACUGUAGGCGAAUCUUCUAGUCCAGUACAUUGGUCAUCUUCAUUCACAGAGAUGCAGGAGAGAAUAGCAGAAGGCAAAAGACUUGCAUCACUACCACCAUCGAAACUUUUAGACGCAAAAUCUCCUCUAUCACCCAAGAACGAAAAAUCACUUUUAGGUACAAAAGAUUCACUAGACCCUUCUAAAUCAAAACUCUCACCUACUCAAGCUCCUGCUCCUGCUCCCGUUUCGACCCAACCUCAACAUCUCGAUGUGAAUUCUGAACAAUAUAAGAUUAUGAAAUUGGCUCAUGGAAGGUACUUGAAGGGAGGAUCUCAUGGAGGAAGUCAAGGAACUGAGACUCAGACUCAUGGCUUAGCCUUUUGGACAGCUGUCUCGGGUCAUAAUGCAGCUCCUAAUGCACCUUUCUCUACAAAGUUAACUUGGAUCUUUUUGGCUGGAAAUCUGGCUCUCUUGAGAAGAUUGUUUGAUCUAGCGAGGUUUUGA